GUGGAUGUGUGUGUGCGUGUCUGGUGUUUUGGCGCCCGGAAGGAAAUGUAAUGUGUUUGGAAGCUAAGACACAAGAAUGCCAAUACAGGCGCCCCAAUGGACAGAGUUUCUCAGCUGUCCCGUUUGCUGCAACGAGUUUGCAGCGAAUUUACGCCCACCGAUCAGUCUAGGAUGCGGUCACACCAUCUGUCGCACCUGUCUCGCCACACUCCACCACAGGCAGUGCCCGUUCGAUCAGACUGUUAUAUCGACUGAUUUAGAUUAUCUACCGAUAAAUAAUGCAUUACUGCAGUUGGUCAGUGCACCGGGUGCCACGUCCUCGCCGGCGUAUGGCACAAAGGGUGGAGGAGGAGGGGAUGGAACGAGCAACACUAACAGCAAUGGUGGCAGUUCAUCGCCAGGAGGAGGAAGCUCGCAAGGCGCUGUUUGUGGAAGCAAUAGCAGCACUAGCAGCGCAAGUAGUAGUACCAGCAGUAGUAGCAGCAGCAGCAGCAGCAGUAGUAGCAGCAGCAGCAGCAGCAGCGGUGGUAGUGCCGGCAACAGUACCAACGCCAGCCACGACUCAACUUCUUCCUCCGGUAGUAUAAAUCCUUCGCCAACUGCCAAUGUUUCCAAUGCUUCCGCCGGCAUUACCGAUCCGGACCUCAACUCGACGAGCGUGCAGAGUCUCAGUCCAGAGAAUCUGCAAUACUACAAAACGGCCAAGGCAUGUAUCGAGGAGCUGGCGCUCUACCUUAAACCGUGUCCACCGCCUGGUAGCACAUCGGUGGCAGCGGGUGGUGGUGGGGCUAGCAACAGCAUCGUCAGCUCGUCUGGCCCGUCCGGUGCAAGCCUGCUGUCACGGCAGAUGCAACGAAAACUGGUGAUACUGGUCAACUGUCAGCUGAUCGAAGAUGAGGGCAGGGCACGGUCGCUCCGUGCCGCACGCUCGCUAGGCGAGCGCACGGUCAUGGAGCUGAUCCUACACCAUCAGAAUCCGCAGCAGUUGAGCACAAACCUGUGGGCAGCAGUGAGGGCACGCGGUUGCCAAUUUCUCGGCCCGGCCAUGCAGGAGGAGGUGCUGAAGCUAGUGCUACUGGCCCUGGAGGAUGGAUCGGCCCUAUCACGCAAGGUGCUGGUGAUGUUUGUGGUGCAGCGUCUUGAGCCACACUUUUCGCAAGCAUCGAAAACGAGCAUCGGACAUGUGGUGCAGCUGCUGUACCGUGCGAGCUGUUUCAAGGUAUCGAAACGGGAAGGUGACUCCUCGCUGAUGCAACUCAAGGAGGAGUUUCGGACGUACGAAGCGUUACGGCGCGAACAUGAUGCGCAGAUCGUGCAGAUCGCAACGGAAGCAGGUUUACGGAUCGCACCGGAUCAGUGGUCCUCGCUGCUGUACGGUGACACGGCGCACAAGUCUCAUAUGCAGAGCAUCAACGACAAGCUGCAGACGCCCCAGUCGUUCGUGCAGUCGGUGCAAGAACUGAUUAUAGCCCUACAACGCACCGGCGAUCCGGCCAAUCUGUCCGGCUUGCGCGUACAAUUGAAGCAUUUGGCGGCGAUCGACUGGAACAGCGAGAAUCACGUGCCCAGUUGGGCAGAAUGUGCCGCCGCUCUGCAAGCGGUAAAACGUGUCGUCGCGGGAUUGGUGGAUUUUGUGCAGCAUCAUGGCAAUCGAAAACUGCAGGAGGCUGGCCAUCUGGCACACAAUCGAAACUACAAGAUCAGCUUGUGCCGGGACCUAAACAAUCGGGGCACUUGUCCACGCGGACCGAACUGCACCUUCGCGCACUCGGACGAAGAGCUGGAGAAGUAUCGGACAAAGUUGCGAAAGAGUCACGGGAGCAGUGCGACCGCCAGUCUGCGUAUGAUGUCAAAUGGUAAGGAUCAUCAUUUAGGUGGUGCGGGCGGUAUGUCCGGAACCGGUGGCCAGUCAGGAGGUGCGACUCGAACACGUUCAGCAGUGGACUAUCAUGGGCAUCCGAGUGGUGGUAGUAACGGUGAUGGAACGAGCGGUAGUAUGCAUCAGAGUUCGUCCUCCUCCCAUGGUUACCAUUCGUCUGGCGAGGAAGCAUCGUCCCCGGUGCGUUAUCAAAAGACAUCUUCCAUUGGUGGAGGUAGCAGAGAUGGACCAGGAAGUCAACAUAACCAUCGGAUGCUUGAUAAAAAUCACAUCGGUAAUCAAGGCAGUGGUUUAGGCUCUGGAACAGCAGGGGCAGGUGUUAAUGGGCCUGGAGGUACCCAUCCGUCGUCGUAUAGCGGUGGUGGCCCGGUGUCUAUGAAUGGUAGUACGCGUGGCGUUUACCCUGUGGCUGGAGGAAGUACAUCCAAUCACUACUCACAUUCUGGUAGCAGCGGAAUGAGUUAUUCGAACCGUGGACCCCCUCAUCACUCGGCAGGUGGACCAGGAGGAGGUUCUUCUUCACAGGGAGGUGGUCAGCAUAAUUCUUCCCAAACGAUGAGAUUCCGUCCUCCGCCACACAUGGGUCCAAGCCCGGGAGGAUCGAAUGCCAACGGUGGUGGAAAUUAUCACCCUGGCGGUCCAGGACUAGGUGCUUCGCUACCGCCGCAUCCCAAUAUGCAUCAUGAGAGUGGUGGUAAUGGUACCCAUCUUCCAGGCGCAUACCCUCAGCAACUUCCUGCCACACAACCAGCUGGCGGUCAUUUGCCUGGAGCACAUCAGAUCGAAGCACAUCACCAUCAUAGUCCGCUGGCUAACUCGGUGCACCAUCAACCACCGUACUUUGGUGGUGGUGAAUACCCCGAAGGUAAACACGGCACCGAACAUGGAUCACUGCACGGUCAGCCACAUCACCAUGGCCAUAAUCAUCCUUCGCAAACAAGACGACCGCCCAGCUACACCGGUUGGGACAGUCUUGCUAGUCCUACCCAUCAUCAUCUCGGGGGUGGACACCACGGAACAUCUGGCAAGGUAGGACCGUCAAGUCAUCAACAGCAGAGUGGCAAUUUCGGAAUGGCAGGACAUGCGGGACAACAGCCACAUCCAUCAGCGGGUAAUGCACCGUACGGCCCUGGUGGAAGCCCAAAGAAUGGACACACAAGCACCUCAACAGCGCCCAUGGGGUCAAAAUUCAUGGGUGGCAUGCAACAUCAGGCAGGUCAGCAGCAAAACUACCAUCACCAGAAAUUGGGACCACAGGUUCGUGACUACAAGGAAAAGCACCAGGGCAAUCGGGGACCGCAUCUAGUUCCACCACAUGGUCACGGUGGAAUGCCAUCGAUACCUUCCACCGGACCAACGUACCCUGCCGGACGUAAUGGCCCACAUCCACCUCCACCGUAUCUAACUUCCCCAUUGCCGAUGACGGGACCCAGCUCCGUGGACAAGAAUACUUCGGGUCCAGUACCGCCACCACCACCACCACCACAUCAUAACGGUUACAAUGGGUCACAGGCUGCUGCCUAUCAGCAUAAUCUUCAACAGCAACAGCACCAUCAGCAUCACCAUCAUGCCCAUCAUAUGCAUCAUGGUCCUGGGUCGUAUCAACCGCAUCGACAGGCAGUGGGUGAACCAUCCGGCUAUCUGCCCAAGAUGAUCUUCGAUACGCUCGGAACGACCGGUGGAGGAAAUAAAAAAUCGUACAACCAACAGCUGAUGAACCAACAUCUGAACGAAAUUGGCAUGCCAAACCCAGCAGCCGGUAAGGACAUGUUUAUUCGUUCCGAUUCGCUCCUCGCUGACGAGGACGCGCUCAUGGUGGCGGAGCAAGAGUUUAACAAUGCGGCCCAGUAUGGACCUAUCUCGCGCAUGAACCCGAUUGGUACGGAACGUAUCGAUCUGGGACUGACACCACGGAGCCACCCAAGACAGGCCAGUGUGCACCAGCGGGGUGGUGGACUGUGGUCCACCACCUCCUCGUCCUCGCUCGGAGACAACCCAUCACCCACGGGUGGUGGAAAUGGUAGUUCAUCCACUUCCUCACCGUUUUAUGCGGGCAGUAGCGGUGGCAUGAUCCCGCCUGCGAUACAGCAAAAUCAAAAGCACUCGAUACAGCCACCUCACCAUCCAUAUCAUGGCCAGCAUCAUCCAUCCUCAUCCUCCACCGUGCACGAGAAGAUGGCACCCGAACCGAACAACAACUCAAUUGACUUUGAUCUAUUGCGUGGUGAUAAAAAGACGCUAGAGUACGAUUCGUCAGUAGGUUUAGGGGAAUGUUGCGACACAGUCGCAACAUCGACUAGUGGUAGCAGUGCGUGCGUUGAGUCGGACUUCUUGCUACAAUCGUUGGUUUCGCAGACUGGACUAACGGGUGGUCGUUAUGGGCAGCAACAGCAGCAUCAUUUUCAUUCGAUGAUGUCGGAAAGGAGCAGUUCUGGGGAUGGGAUGGAUGGCAUGGGGAUGGGACAUCCACAACAACAUCCGUUGCAACAUCAACAACAACAGCUUUUGUCGAAAGUGUCCCAAUCGGAUCGUUGCAAUGGUGGAGGAUUGAAUGAUCGACUGGCUACUGGGGGAUCCGCAUUGUCUCCCGCCUGUACCAACGAUGAUCUUCGCAAGAUGAACGAUAUCAAGAGUCCACAAUCAUCGCUAUCGGGUAUUCAGUCACCCGCUAUGAUCUUGUCGGUGACAUCCGAUUCUUCCGUAUGUACGACACCACCGACUGGUGGGACCGCUGGUUCCAACGGUGGAACAUCCAUGUGGAACAAUCUGCUGGAGCUGUCCAGCUUCAAGCCACCUUCAGAUUCCAUGAACAACCCGAACGAUCAGGAUGGAGGCUUCAAUCCAAGUGGGCGAACCAACCAGAGCACACCAGGAUACCCGAUGGCAUUCGCGGCGCCAUCGUCCACCUUUAUACGCUCGUCAGAACAAUACAAGCUCCCGAAAAUGCUAAUGGAUUCUGCUACAGGUCAACAGCAACCGCAACAAGGUUUAGGUGAUGUUGUUCGUUUUCACGAAAUGAUAAACAGCAGCCAGCCAGCAUCGCCCAGCUGUUUGAGCGAUCGUGUAACUAGCGAUGACCAACGCAAACUGAACACGUUCAAGGAACUAAGCGAACUAAGGAUCCAAUCAUCUUCUGUUGGGGGAAUUACACCUUCGGGGAUUCUUACCUCCGUGACGGCAUCGUCCUCUCCCUCGGUCGUGUCGUCUGCCGGAGGUUCUGAUGGUGGUUUAUCUCUGCACGUCGAUCAGUCGGCAUCGUCCUUGUGGAACAAUUUGCUUGAUCUUCCCAGCCUCAAACCAUCGCCACUGUCCACGAUCUCAUCGGUGUCGGGAGUCGGUUUGGAACAAUCAUCUUCCAACGAUCCGCUGAUCGGUUGUCACACCGGAAACACCAGCAUCAGUGCACUGUUAAAUAGCAGCAACGGUAGUAGCUGCGAGGAUUCGUACGAAGCUGGCAUAGCGGACGAUAUGCGUUUGCUGGAGAUGAGUCUUGAGUCGGUGUUGCAGAUCGAUGAGAACGGGAUAUAA